AUGGUUGAGGGUGAUGAUCAUGGUAAACAGUGGGAGGAUGGCAAUAUUGAGAGUGAUGAUGGUAUACGGCAGGAUGAUGACAUGGUUGAGGGUGAUGAUGGCGAUAAACAGCUGGAUGAUGGCAACGUUGAGGGUGAUGAUGGUAUACAGCAGGAUGAUGACAUGGUUGAUAGUGAUGAUGAUGAUAAACAGCGGGAUGAUGGAAAUGUUGAGGGUGGUGAUGAUGGUAUACUGCAGCAUGAUGGUAACAUUGAGGGUGGUGAUGAUGGUAUACAGCAAGAUGAUGGUAACAUUGAGGGUGAUGAUGAUGGUAUACAGCAAGACAAUGGCAUUUUGAGGGAGGUGAUGAUGGUAUACAGCUGA